AUGAAGCUAUAUAUAGGUGUGGGUGGGAGGGAGAACAAUGAUAUGGCUCUGAAAGAGAACAAUUCGAAUGAAGAGCCCACUACUGGUGCAGUGGCCAUACAAAUAGUACUCGCCAUGGCCACCUGUCUCCCUACUAUCGCAUAUCGCAUAUUGAUGGAACGGUUGAUCAAACAACCACCAACGCUAUGGCCUCAUAAUGGACCCACUAACCCACAGUCCCACUGUUGCGAACACCAUCAUGUAGAACACCAGAUAAAAGCCGAAUUAGGAGAAGAACUGUACAAUACCUGCGACGCAGGCUCCCUCUCCGCCAUCCUCCCAUACCUCUCCAACCAUAAACUCCAAAACCCCUGCUCCGAUCCUCCGCUCUCAUCCACAAUGUACGUCGCCGCCGGCAAGGACCACUCCGCCAUCAACCAACACUGUCUCGCCUCCGGCGGUAAAGUGACAAGUCAAGUCAUGGACCACAUCCGCAACAACCGCUCGAUCAAAACCUACGACGCCAUCCUCGCCGCCGAAGCCGUAGACGUCACUUACGUAAUGGGGUAUAUGGGAGACAUGCUCACCUAG